GACAUUACGAGCCAGUGGUGUCAGGAGGCGUGUCCCAGCAGCCUAAUAAAGGUGCCAGCUCGGCCAAAUCCGGUCUACUCACAUUGCAGGACUGCAGGCGCUUCGUGAUCGAGCACUAGACCAAACCCGACAAAAUGGUGAAAGUUGGAGUUAAUGGAUUUGGUCGUAUUGGCCGCCUGGUAACCCGUGCUGCUUUUCAGUCUGGAAAGGUAGAGAUUGUGGCCAUCAAUGACCCCUUCAUUGACCUGGACUACAUGGUGUACAUGUUCAAAUAUGACUCUACGCAUGGGAACUUCAAAGGGGAGGUGAAAGCUGAGGGUGGCAAGCUCUACAUCUCUGGAAAGGCGAUCACUGUGUUCCAUGAGCGCGACCCUGCAAACAUUAAGUGGGGUGAGGCCGGGGCAGAAUACGUUGUGGAGUCCACAGGAGUCUUUACCACCACAGAGAAGGCCUCUGCUCACCUGAAGGGAGGUGCCAAGAGGGUCAUUAUCUCGGCCCCCAGUGCUGAUGCCCCCAUGUUUGUGAUGGGUGUCAACCAUGAGAAGUAUGACAACUCCCUCAAGGUCGUCAGCAAUGCCUCCUGCACAACAAACUGCCUGGCCCCGCUAGCCAAGGUCAUCAAUGACACCUUCACAAUCGUUGAAGGGCUCAUGAGCACAGUGCACGCCAUCACAGCCACUCAGAAGACUGUGGAUGGCCCCUCUGGCAAGCUGUGGAGAGAUGGCCGUGGUGCUGGCCAGAACAUCAUCCCAGCAUCUACUGGGGCUGCCAAAGCUGUGGGCAAGGUCAUCCCUGAGCUGAAUGGGAAGCUGACUGGGAUGGCGUUCCGUGUGCCUACCCCCAACGUGUCAGUGGUUGACCUUACAGUCCGUCUAGAGAAGCCGGCCAAAUAUGAUGACAUCAAGAAGGCUGUUAAGGCUGCCUCUGAGGGACCCAUGAAGGGCAUUCUGGGAUACACAGAGGAUCAGGUGGUGUCCACAGACUUCAAUGGGGACAGCCGUUCCUCAAUCUUUGAUGCUGGUGCUGGUAUUGCGCUCAAUGACCACUUUGUCAAGCUGGUCUCAUGGUAUGAUAAUGAGUUUGGCUACAGCAACCGUGUCAUUGACCUCAUGGCUCACAUGGCUUCCAAGGAGUAGAACCUUAUUGGUCACAUGGCCUUUCCCUCCAUCUGGAUGACUUGCAAUGUGGUCAGCAGAAACGAAGACCAAAUACUUUUUGUACCAAUGCUGUCCCUACAGUGUGAGGCUAACCUGAACAGUGACAGUUUGUCUGCUGUAUUUAAUCCUGCAGAAUAAAAUUGUUUAAAUUCCCUCA